GCGCAGAGAAAGUUUUCCCCCACGACUCUGCUGCGGGAACCUCUCAGAGCGGACUGGUGCCGGGACCGGUUCGGAAGGGGCUACGGGAACCUACGGAGUAGCGGGGCGGAGCGGUGUUUGCAAUGGCUGCUACUGUAAACUUGGAACUCGAUCCCAUUUUUUUGAAAGCACUAGGCUUCUUACAUUCAAAGAGUAAGGAUUCUGCUGAAAAGCUAAAAGCGUUACUUGAUGAAUCUUUGGCUCGGGGCAUUGAUUCAAGUUACCGUCCAUCUCAAAAGGAUGUAGAGCCACCCAAAAUUGCAAGCACAAAAACUGUUCCCAUUAAGCAAGAGCCCAAAACAUCAUCCAGUCUUCCUUCUGGCAAUAAUAAUGGCAAGGUUCUCACAACUGAAAAGGUAAAGAAGGAAGCUGAAAAGAGACCUGCUGAUAAAACAAAAUCAGACAUCACUGAAGGAGUGGAUAUUCCAAAGAAACCUAGAUUGGAGAAACCAGAGACACGGUCCUCUCCCAUUACUGUCCAAACCAGCAAGGAUUUAGCUAUGGCUGACCUUUCCAGUUUUGAGGAGACGAGUGCUGAUGAUUUUGCCAUGGAGAUGGGCUUGGCCUGUGUUGUUUGCAGGCAAAUGACAGUGGCAUCUGGUAAUCAAUUAGUAGAAUGUCAGGAGUGCCAUAAUCUCUACCAUCAAGAUUGCCAUAAGCCCCAGGUGACAGACAAGGAGGUGAAUGACCCUCGCCUUGUGUGGUAUUGUGCCCGAUGUACCAGACAAAUGAAAAGAAUGGCUCAAAAGACGCAGAAACCACCACAGAAACCCGCCCCCACAGUUGUUUCUGUAGCUCCCGCUGUCAAAGAUCCGCUGGUGAAGAAACCAGACACUAAACUCAAACAAGAGACUACUUUUCUGGCAUUUAAGAGAACGGAAGUCAAGACAUCUGCAGUUAUAUCAGGAAAUUCCUCUAGUACCAGUGUUUCCUCUUCAGGAACUAGUGGUCUAACUGGAUGGGCAGCUUUUGGAGCCAAAACUUCUUCUGCUGGUCCAUCAACUGCAAAAUUGAGUUCAACAACCCAAAACAAUAGCGGGAAGCCUGCUACCUCAUCAGCUAACCAGAAGCCCGUGGGUUUGACUAGUCUGGCCACAUCAUCCAAAGGUGGAAUAGGUCCCAAAAUAGGUUCCAGUAACAACACCUCACCUACUGUGCCGUUGAAACCACCUCCACCUCUAACUUUGGGCAAAACUAGCCUUAGUCGUUCAGUUAGUUGUGACAAUGUUAGCAAAGCAGGUCUUCCUAGUCCAAGUAGUUUAGUUCCAGGAAGCAGCAGCCAACUAAGUGGGAAUGGAAAUAGCGGAACUUCAGGCCCUAGUGGAAGUACCACCAGCAAAACCACUUCAGAAUCGAGCAGUUCUCCCUCGACAUCCCUCAAAGGUCCAACUUCACAAGAAUCACAGCUCAAUGCUAUGAAGCGAUUACAGAUGGUCAAGAAGAAAGCUGCCCAAAAGAAACUCAAGAAGUAAUGUGGCCAAGUAGGUUUUUAUAUCACAUUGCCCUAAAGAUUAAAAUCUUAUUAUUAGGACAUAAACUGUAAUAUACUAUAGUUUAAUAAAAAUCUUCAUAAUGAAAUUUCUAUUAUUUCUUACGUUAAAAUGCUACAUAAUGUUUAGCAAAACUUGGAAAUCUUUUUUUAAAUCUGUUUAAGUUUUAUUUUAACAAUUUCCAUAGUGUGUGAAAUUGAUUAGAAUGACUAAUUCUUGAUGACAACUUCUAGAAUCCCAGAAGAUUGGUAGCAUAUGUGAAUUAAAAAACAAACAAAAAAAGCAAUAGUUUGUCUUCUAACUAAGCCCUAAGAAUCGAUCCUGCUGAAUAAGUCACCUUACCAGGUGGCAGGGAUAACCCAUUAUAAAGUUUUCUACUUUCCUCCCAAUAUUCUGGAUGUCUAGUGUCAGUCCCCACCUCAUUUCAAUUGAUUCGCCCUUCCCCCGAAGUGUUUCAUCUCCCCUUUCUCAAAAUUUAAUAAUUGAUUUCUGACACCCCUAUUAUUAUAUCUUUACCCUUUUUUAUCACCUCAUAUCAAUUAUUUAUGUCUUCCAAUAGACUGUGAACUACCAUGCCCUUUUAAAGCAAUAUUUUUUCUCACAUUGCCCACUUUUCCUUACAUUGCCAAUGUAACAUAUGCACAUAGUAUAUACUUAAUAAAGGUUGAAUUUGAUUUAUCCUGGGGUUAUACAGUUUCCUGAGAAUUCUUGAGAAAAAUAACCAAUCCAAGAGUCUGUGGAUGCAAAAUUUCUGUUUACGUACUGAUAGCUUCUUCCUAUGCCAUGAAAAAUAAGGCUGGUUUAUUUGUAUUGCCCAAAAAUGUUAUAGUAGUUUAUCUAAUUUUAAUUAACUUUGUAUAAAAGAAGCUCUUAUAUAAUUCUUGAGAUUGUUUAGAAGUAUGUAUAUGUACAUUGUUAGGUCAAAAAGUUUGAAGGGUCUGAGGUGUUGCCUUUCUUUCAAGCUAGCAAAUGAGCCUGCUAUUGUUUUACAUACAUAUUCUGACAGAAGACAUGAGACUUUCUGGAUCAGAGAAACAGUUUAUUACUCACAGCAAAAUGCAGCAGCCAUUUGGUACUUUGUGAAUAUCUCAUUUCACUCAGAAACUGGAAGUCCAAUAAAUUCCCACGUUCACUAGA